CCUGCAUUUUGCUUCAACUACCCCAGACUAACACGGCUACAUUUCUAUCUCUAUUCCCCAGUGAAAUGUCUUCCAGCUGUUAUUACAGGAUGUUACAAGGUCAACACGUUGCUAACCAGUAAAGCUGUGGAUGCAGAAGGAAAAGUUUUACAUUCAAUCCUUUAUGGUUUCCACAACUCAAUGUCUCACCAUAAAACCUAUUUGUCUCUGAAACAGGUCGAACAGUGCUUAAAGCGUUUAAAUCAGAUGAGCUUGAUGGGCUCCAUUCAAGACCUGGCAGAAUUGUGUCCCAAGAAAAAGAAAUCUGAAAAUGCAGGGGAGCGUGUUGUUCCCAGCCAGCCUGUGCUAGAAGUGGUGGCAGUGAAGAUCUUGGGAGGCUGCAAGCUCUUGCUGCGCUUACUGGAGUGUUGCUGCAAAGCAUUUGAACUGUCUGUUAAGCAUCUGUGUUUGGAAGAAUACAUCCUCUUGAACACUGUGGUUUUGGGAUUGUUGAGCAGAUUAUGGAUUCUUUAUCAGUGCGUAUUACAAAGCCUCAUUUCUUUGUAUGGAGUGUUGUCUGGGUUGCUGCAAGCGGUGUCCAGGACCCAGCAGAUGCCUUAUAUUAAGGGGUUUAACUUUCCUUCUGAAAUCACUGAGUUUCUGGGACCCCUUUAUUUGGAAAUUAAGAAAAGAUCUAAAGUGUUUGCAACAAAAAAAUCAACUGGAUGGCUGAACAAACUGUUUGCAGGACCUGCCGCAGCACCCAGGUCCAAUAAAGGGAGAGGCCUGGAAGCUCCCACAAGGGGCAGUGAGAGGAUGACGAACAUCCAGCGCCCCAUUGACAUUGGAAAGCCGGUUCUGGUGAAGAGAGCUAACAAAGGGAAGCAGUUGGGAUUUGACAUCAAGACCCUGUGUAGGCAACUUAAACCCAGAGUUCAAGAGGCUGUCGACUUCAGACUAACGCUUUCUGAAGCAAAAGCAGCGAGAGCCCAGCAUGCCAAAUCUCUUGUGUUGAAGUUUAGAGAAGCCUGCUCUUUCGGAGAACUGUCUGAAGCACUCAAAACAGCUGUUCUCUCGUGCAAAAGCAAAAAGCUUAAGUCAGAAACGUUUUUUCUGAGAACAAAGCUGCUGAAAAGCAAACGGCUGCAGCAUGUGGAGGCUCAGGGCUGCAGCUUGCAGAAAAAACUCAGCUGUGUUAAAGCAUCCAUCUGCAAAUUCCUUCUUUCUGGCUUGCAAAAGGCAUCUCAGAUAAAGCAGUAUUGCAGAACAAGUUCCUGGCAGCAAAGGAAGAUCAAACUGUCCAGAAGGUCAAAAUUGGUCUCAAAGAAGACUCUGGAGUUUGUUCAACAAAACACUUCCACCCUUUUGGAAGACAGUAUGCAUGGUGCUGUGUCCCUCUUUCCUGUUCAGCGGUUUGAGCAGUCACUUCACCUAAGAAAAUCAGGAGGCUGUAGUGCUACCAAGCACGCUGGAGAGCAAGACAAAGUGGGGACCUCUAAACCUGUGGCAUCGGAAAGAAACCCUGGGCCUCCAGUGAAAGCGGCUAGUGAGAACGAUGAUAUCGAUGCCAUUUUUUCAGCAAUGGGUGUAUAACAGUGGUGCGAGGAGGAAUGGGUGAGUCCCUGUAAUACAUAGAUCCCCAAACUGUGAGGAGCACCUCCAUAGGGGUGUGGAGUAGGGAUGUAAAUGGUUAACAAAUAAGCAUCACCCUUACCGGGUGAGUUAGUUAACCAGCCGGGGCUGGAGCAGCCCGCCACAGGCACAGCCCUGAAAAGUAGAACUCCAGUCUGUCUUAUAACCACCUUUAGAAGGUGGAUUGGUGUCACCUAAGGGAAACUAUUAGAAACAGUAAUUGGAGUGGAGGCUGGUGAGGCUGCCCUGCAGAGAAAGUAGCAGUCCUACUAAACAACGUUUCUUUGAAAAAUGUUAUGUUAGAGGAAAUACAACUGCUGGAGAGUCCAAUAAAUCUUUAUAGGUGAGAGGGCCAUGCUAAGGGAACAGUGGUUCAUUUGGGCAUUUUUCAUCUCUUAAGGAAAAUCACAAUACCUCUCCUCUUCCUGCAUGACAACACCUAUGUUAAGUGCUGCAACCACAGAAUGUAGCAUAAAACAUGGUAGAAACUAACUAGAGGACAAGACUCCUCUAGCACAUGGAAAGAGCUUAGACACCUCCUUCUAGCUAUCAGUGGAAAUUCUUCCUUGCCAUGAGUGAAGUAUGUGUGUGUUCUUCAAACAAGCCAAAACUAUAUACAGUAAUUCCUCAUUUAACACUACAGAUGUAUUUCUGAAAAUGUUCGUGCUAAGUGAAAACGUGCUAUGCAGGGUCAAUUUUCCCAUUAAAAAUAAUGGAAAAGGUGGCGGUGG